AUGCAACCAGGGCCAAGACGGGAAGCCCGCCAGUCGCGGAUGCCCCUACCGCAGAGUGCGUCCGCAGCCUCCCUGCGCUCCUCGCGGUCCUCCCGCGCCCCACGCAGCUCGCCCCUCACCCUCACGCUCCGCGUCGACACCGCGGACGUGCGCACGCUCGACUCGGAGUGCUGCGUCCGCGCGCUGUCGCCCGUGCGCUUCCGCGACUUGUGUGCGCUCGAUUGGCCUGCGCUUGGGCGCGUACCGGCGCGCGGGGUGCGGCAGUUCAGCGUGCUGGGCAGGGGCGACCGCGCCGCGCUCAAGGAGUCGGUCGGCCGCCGGUGUCCGGAGCUUGCCCCGCGGGGUGCUCUUUCUUUUGCAGGCGUUCUUUCCGCACCCGACCCGAUCGUGCCUCGACUCUGCUACCGCGCGCUCGCCGCCCCAUUGCACGCGAUGCGCCUCCGCGAUGUCUAUGGCCAGUUCCAGUCGCUGGUGCUCGACGGUGGCGUACUCGCAAUCCAGCACUUUGGUUGCGCUGGACAUCUUCCAUAA